AUGUCUCGUCAAGGUCGCCGCCAUCGUCUCCCCCAGCACCGCGACUACGUGCUCAUCCCAGCACCGUUAGACUUCACGCUACCCGACGAGAAGUCACCGUUGCCUGCGAUCAUCGUCACGCCCUCGUCGCCCCAGUGCUCGGCUGAUUUUUCCAUCGCUUUCAUUGCGCCUGAGCCCAAACCGACGCUGCUCCAACGUGCGGCCACCGUGCUCUCGCCCGUGCACACCAAACUGGUCGCCCCCCUUCAAACCAAGGCACGCCUCGCCUUUGUCCUCGCCCUCUUCCUCUUCAUCAUGGCCGCCCACCUCUUCGCCCAUCGCCUCGCCACGCGCCAUCCCCACCUGCAGUUCGAUGCCGGUCCGGCAAGCAUCUCAUCCGCCGAUAUCGCCGCCCUCGCCCCUCUCGAACACACACACCGUCUCGGACACGGCCAUGGUGGCGGUUGGUUUGACUGGCGCGCUCUUUGGGAUGAGAGCGAGCCUGUGGAGCGCCAAGACUUCGUUGUCACCGAAGAAGGGGCGAACGUGACUUUCGACGACGAGGGUCAUGCCUCUCGUGCGGCUGAAGCGGACAUAGAGCUCAAGCGCGCGGAGGCUGCCGCCCGCUGA